AUGACUCAAUGCUGUUGUCUGUCUGACCUCUUGCCCAAGGCCAGGCGCCUCGCAACACAUCUUCAUCAGAGGUCAGCUGAAACUCAUCAUGGCGUGCCAAAGUUGGGUUUUUACAAAAAGUUUACGCAACCAGCUCGUCAUGACCCAGACUCGCGAGUGGUAUUCAAGUUGAAUUGA